AGACCUUCGAACUGACAACGAAGACAGCAACACGUGCUGCCGGUUAAUUGGAAUCAGAAAACUUGCCCCUGACCCCAUCAGGGUACACGAUUUUGUAAUUUUAUUCUGUUUACCGAGGGGUGGUCGAGCGUCAUCGCGCUUACGUUUAUUUUCUUUCUCGUGACGGAGACGCGAUGUGGACAAAGGGCACACGGCCACCUGUUGAUGUUGUUACCUGUUACUUCUCCGGUACCGGUGGCGUCAGUGUCGAGGACUUCGUUUUGUGGCGUAAAGUUACUUUAUCGACGAGGUGCUGAACGGUCUCCGGAAAUACCCAGCUCUAGAAUGGAAUUAGCGUGACACUCCGACCCUAUUGCUAUAAACUUAACUUCAAUAUGACACUCCUAUUGUCGUAUUUGUAUAAUGUUAAGACCAGCGAACUUGUAGGAUAGAAGCGUUAUGGAGUUAACUGCUACGAAAAUCAGGCAUUUUUGUAUACAUUGAGGCGGAAAUGUGGAUUUUUUUGCCUCAAAUGAAAUUCAAGAAAAGGCUGCUAUUUCUCUCUUUCGUUGUAAUAUUUGGCGUCCUCUACUUAUAUUUUAACUCAAACUGGAAUGCCCCCGUCUCGAGUCCUCCCUACGUAGACGGUUGGAACCAAAACACCUCAAAAGAUGUCAGAAACUACGUUAGUGAAAGUUCGCCACCACACAUCAUCCCAAAGGACUUCUGCCAAAAGAGCGGCAUUUUACUGGUCAUGGUGAAUAUUAAGCCCGAUGACUUUGAAGUUCGUCACGUCAUAAGAGAAACAUGGGCGCGUAAACGUGCCAAUGUUUCCUUCUACUUCUUGGUGGGUGAAGAGAGGAACCACAACUAUGAAGUGCAAGUUAGACUUAAGUUCGAGAGUGAAAAAUACAACGACAUCAUUCAAGAGCGUUUCCUAGAUUCUUACAACAACUUAACUUUAAAAUCCAUAAACAUGUUGAAGCUGUUUAGUCGCCACUGUUCAAAAUCCUACAAAUAUUUAAUGAAAAUCGACGGCGAUGUGUUUUUGAACGUCCACAACGUGCUCGAGAUGUUGUCAAAGCGCAACAGUGAGACGGAUUUCCUCGUUGGGAAACUCAUCAACGAUACGAAACCAUUCCGAGACCCGAGGAGCAAGUGGUACGUGCCUCGUGAAUUAUUUCCUGAAGAAAAGUACCCCGACUACUUGUGUGGACCCACUUAUUUAAUGUCGUCCGACGUGGCGGAAAAUCUUUACCGUUGCACCUUCGAAACGCCUAUAUUUUACAUCGAAGACGUCUACAUCACUGGGAUUUGUGCCAAGAAAAUCAACGUGGUUCCUAGACACGACUCGAUGUUUAAAUGCCAAUACACGAAUAAGUAUAUUUGCUUGCAUAGAGAGAAAUACAGUAUUCAUUAUUACAAACCUGAAGAAAUCCGCAAGGCUUACAGGAUCUUGGUAGGAAAUGGUUGCCCGGCAAGUGGUUCCAUAAUGGAAUGGGUGUGCUCCUUACUUUUCUCAGUGUCGAGCGCAUGGAGUACUUAACGAAUUUGUGAUAUUUUAAGUUAUAAUUUUGUAUUACGCAGAAAAUAUAAUUUGUUCAAAAGUU